AAGAGCAAUGAGAGCCUGUAUACUGUAAACUGAUAAAGUUAGGGGGAAACACCAUAGUGUAUAUAAAAUAAUAAGGGUAUAGUGGGUAAAUUUAAAUUCUCUAUUCUCCUCUAUAAAACGGACAGAGACGGAGAAAGACAGGAUCCUGAGGGUGUGGGCUGUUUGAGUAGCGGAGCACCAAGGGUGGGGGCUGUUUGCUCAUUUAUGCUCUGACACACACACGGAAAGAAAGAGAGAACGUACAUGGAGGAGAAGGAGGGGUGAAGAAAAGGAAAAAGCCCAGAAGCUUAGUGAGUAAAAAUGGAGGGGGCUCGUUCACUCAUCCUGACAGCGAGCGCGCAAGGUCGCGAAACAGACAGAGGAGAUUUUUAAGAAAGCUAAGAAAGCUAAUUCACUCAUUACUUUUGAGUACGUCUUUGCGCAAACGCCUGUAUUGAGACUAAUGAAAAGAAAAUUUCCAUACAUAAAACUGUAGUUGAUACGUAGUACCCGUUAAUACAUAGUGUUGUGAGAUAUGGAGUAAAAUAUGCCUUUGAAUCAGAACCAACCACGUGGUUAAAAGAGAUAGUCAUAUUGUAUUAAGUCAUACGCGAAUGGGGGCCAGUACGGGUACUGAUACUGCAUAAUUGGGAAAAGUAGACAGUAGACUGAAGUGGACUGAACUAAAAAAGUGAACUGAGACGUGAAACAGAAGACGUGAAACAGAAGUGAAACAAUCAUAUGAAAUGGCGAACUAGCGUUCCCGAGUUAGAUAAUUUUAAAUAUAGAAUGUUGCUUUUUCCCAAGUGAUAGGAUGUUCUGAGAGAGGCACACACACAUGGUUCACACGCUAUACCCCCUGCGCUGAAGAAGGAGAAAGGAGGGGGGCCACACGCCCACCCAGACACAUACCUUCGCACACACUUUAGAUUACACACACUUUACACACCAUUAUUUAGCACCCAGAAAAUUAGUGGGCAGAGGCAAACCUCUGUCUACUUUGACCCCUGUAUUAAGAAAUGAUUUGGCCGGAUGAUUAACUUGAUAUCCCAGCAGGUACGGACUGGUGUGGAGACAGAAGACCAAGGCUGUUUGAAAAUACUUCCAGUGAUCAUAGGAGAUCAGGUAUCAACUGGUAUAAUUUCUCACACUGUGCACUGGCUAAAACUAAGAAACAUGAGUCGGACUAACCUACUCAUAGUAAAACAGUCAGGAAUAAACAACCCUCUGAUAGAUUGGCUAAAUGAUAAGUUCUGGAAGUGGGGAACAUGGUUGAGACGAGUGUUUCUAGGAGUAGCAGUGGGAGGUGCCAUGCUGAUAGCUACUCGCACAAUAGAGAGAGCAGUCAAUGGAAAAGAUGGGAGCCCAGGUGCACCACCUGAGUGGCAGGCAAAACAAAUAGAAACCCUCCCGGUCGAGACACUAAAGGGAAUAGGAAGUGUACUAGAGGGAAUAGGAGAUAGAGUAGAAAAGGAGGGGCUAUGUGUUUCUCUCACAGACAGUGAGGAAAAGGAGGGAGAUGCAGAGGAGCCCAGAGAUUGUGGUAACACCAUAGAGUGGAGCAAGGUAGAAUGGACUGAGCCGGAAGGCCCUUAUAAUCCUGAUUGUGCAAUAGGCAACUACUACUGUAAGCAUGGCUAUGGAGAUGGAGCAGGAUGGAUGUGUUGGAAGUGGUUAGAAACAUACCAGAAAGAGAUGGGAAGAUUGUAUGAAGAAGCACGAUUGGUGAAUGAUGAUUGGGCUCAAGUGGUGGGUGAGCCGGAUGAUUUUGAAGGGAUGCUGCUUCCUACAGGCAGAGACCCCACACCGGAUCCUGAAGUGCUGACUGAAAUGUUAAGUCGGCAUGAAACAACAUUGAAGGAAAUGUUUAACCUUGGAGGGAAGGAGGUGGAUGUCAAUUUCUUUCAGGAUGAGACGGAGGGGAGAGAGAAGCUGAAUGCGGCUGUGGAGAGCGCACAGUCCGACUGGUUCGCAAUCAUGGAACAUUGCUACUGGCGUGAACCACAAAUGAGAGAGAUGGAGGCAUGGGAAAGUAGGGAAAAGCAUAAGCGUAAAAAAACGUAGGAGGCAGUAUUAGAUAACAGGGAAUGAAAGUGCGUAUGAAUGGAUGCGUUGGCUAAACUGUGCUGGCUAUUUGGCUUAUGUGCUAGGAUUUCAGUAUAGGAGUGCAUACUGUGCUUAUGUUCUCUGUUUGUCUCUUAUCUUGCUGUCCCUCAUUUUCCCACACAUAAUCGCAUUGUUUAGGGCAAAUGUGCCUAUGAUCUUUUUUUUUGUCCCUUAUCUGUCUGUCUCUCAUUUUUCCAACAUAUAAUCGUAUUUUUUAAUCAUACAUAAAGGAAUGCAGUUAAAUGAUAAUGUAGUUGUAGAAUGUAGAAUGCAUAGUCAAAUUUAUUACAUAGUUAAUUUCUUUUUUAGUAAAUGCCUGUAUUAUGAGAGGUCUUACUUACUAUAUAGACAAUGGUUAAAGGAAGUGCAUAAUUUAAACUUUCAAUUGAUGUAGCAUGGGCCUUAUUAGGUCAAAUAUAUACUGUAGUAUUGCAUGGUACCGUAUGAACAAUAUACUCAAUUGCAUUUUUUAUUUUUCAUAAGAAUAGGUGUUUAGACACUAAAAGGUUGCGCUCUGAGGGCAGACCUCAAGUGAAAAGCGCGAGCGGUUCUACCAAAGCUAUGGUAAAUCGAUACCUGACGGGGGCAGGUAUCCCCGCGACAGAGUAAGCGCCUGGAGGUGUAUUAUGCUUUUGCUGUGCUAGAAUGCGAAAGGAGGGUGUUUUGAUAUUAUUGUGUAAAGUAAUUAAGAAAACCACCCCAAAAUGUAACCCUGCUUUUUAGUGCUUGCGUGAGUGUGGUGUUGACCUCAUAAAUGAGGUCAAAGGAGGGAUUGUAAGAGAAAAUCAAGUUUAGUGUGAGUUCAUCAACAAACAGUUCUUAGUAUAACAUACUAAUUUUAAGUUCCAAGAAAUGAGGCCUGCUGGUAAUGGAGCUGUGGAAUUUGACAGGGCCCGCUCUGGCCAGCCUAACUUACUAUCUUUUAGGUCAAAAAGGCCACCACGGGACAGACCAGAUAGUAGUAGCAGGUGGGGUGUGAGAACCAAGGACUUUCUCUGAGGCCCUAUUGUCAAAGAACUUAGUUAGUUACAGUUCUCCAGGGGAUCUAUGAUUAAGCAACAUUGUUGCGCUUGAGGGGUUAAAAGACUCCACUGUGUAAGAUGAUGUCAGAAUGCAUUCUCCAGUUGUGGGUGACAGAGCUCUGUGUGAACUCACCUAAGACUGAAUCUUGUACUCUUUUAAAACUUAGUAAACUCAACUCAAAC